AUGGUGACUCGCUCGCGUCUCGCACUUGCCUUGCUGCAAGUCUCUGCUCUCGUGCUCAUCUGUUCGUUCUGGGAGGAGCUCCAGAGUGUGCGGGAAGCACUGCAGCUCACGUACGAGUACCGCUCGCUCAGUCGUGGAGACCGUGACGCACCGGUAAAGAGCGUCACGAUCUUUCGAAAUGGCUACACAACGGGUGGCGUGGAGAUGGAGCUCAGUGCCGAGUUGGUCGCGACCAAAUGUACCCAAGAAGGCGACCUCGCCGCUUAUUUGUCCCAGUUUGUAGCUGUUGAAGGACGUUUCAAGUCGAACAAGGAGACGACCGAGUCCGACGUGCCUGGCGUCGUGGCUGACCGGGUCUUUAAUGGCCGUGGAGAGCUCUUGCAGAGGUUUGCCGACAUCCAAUCGGGCGAUGCGCUCUACCUCGUGGCUCCAGGAUUGUACUUCAUGUGGCCAUUUGUUGCGUCCGGUCACCGCGUGGUCGUGACAAGUGCGACCAAGGAGUCGGUCGUCAUCGAGUCGAUCUCGGAGUCGCCACGGACAUUCCGGCUCCACCAGUUGUUCAGUGAGGACGAGGCAGAUACGUUGAUCCAGCAAGCGGUGCAACGUGAGGGUGGUCCGGUUAAUGCUGCAGUGCAGCUGUCGACUGGUGAUGCCGUCAAUGACAAGAGCCACCCGACCAACGAUGAUGGAAACUCUGUCACGAGUGUGGUUGAUACCGUUUCGGAGACGGCGGCGCACGUGCGCAAGCGCGUGUUGGAGGUGCUCUCACUUGGAGAGGACAAAGACAGCAGGGGAUCCGAUAACGGUCUUGAGCUGCUGCAGUACGAGCAGAAGCAAGCUUAUGUCGCUGGUAACGACCAUUUCCAAGUCGCUGCUGCUGCUGACGGGAUGGACGUCGACUCGAGUAAACGAGAUGUUACCCGUUUUGCGACCGUGUUUCUGCAUCUCUCGGAUGUUGCGCUCGGUGGCCAGACAGUGUUUCCGCUCGCGGAGAUGCCUGCAGGUGGUCUUCCGCCUGGAUCUGAUCACUCGUUGAACUCCGCUCGAGACUAUGAGGCAGCUGGCGCACAGCUUUUUACACCCGGCAGCUGGGAGAUGGAGAUGGUGCGCACGUGCUCUUCAACGCUGGCGUUUUACCCCUCACGAGGUACCGCGGUGCUCUUUUACAGCCACAGACCGAAUGGCGAGUGGGAUCCCAUGUCCUUGCAUCGAGGCUGUCCUGUGAUCGAAGGCACCAAGUGGAUCGCUAGUCUCAGUGUCCGGAACAAACAAUUGGUGGAUCCGCUCAAAUGCCGCAUCACGUUUAAGAACCCGACGGCGCGUCCAGUGCAGCUUUACUGGUCCAACGAACUCAUGCAUACGCUGAAUGGCAACGGUGGCAAGAUCACCUUCAAGUCUUUUACAGGCCACACGUGGAUCAUCAAGGACAAUGACCGCGUCCUGCUCGAGCACGUCGUGGAUGCCAAACGUGGCAAGAAACAGACCGUUAUCGUCCCGCCAAUUUCACCAGAGGAAGCAGCGGAUGAACCCGAAGCAAACGUCCUUGACAAGACCAAGCAAAGCAGCCACACCAAAGUCGAGCUAUAG